GAGAUAUGUCUGUGCUGAGCCUCUAAAAAUGUCGUUUGAAAAGUCAAUACUCCUAUAUCCUUGACCAUAAUAACGUUACUUUUUGCUGUUUUGACUUUUGUUUGUUCAUUAUUCUCAUCCACCCUAUUUAUAAAUUCAAAAUCUUUCAAUAUUGUUUAUCAAGAUUUAGAAUAGAAACCCAACAGUCAAUCCUUGCUUUGUUAAUUGCUUUGAGCAAUUUUCUCCACUUAUCUGCAAUGGGUGAUUCUCAAACGGAGAUAGAAGUUCCUUCAUUUUUUGUAUGUCCAAUUUCUCUAGAAAUCAUGAAGGACCCUGUAACCCUGUCCACGGGAAUAACAUAUGAUCGUGAAGCCAUAGAGAAAUGGUUGUACACUCGAAAGAACUGCAUGUGUCCCAUCACCAAACAAGUUCUUACAGAUUUAGAGCUCACCCCAAACCACACCCUUCGUCGACUGAUCCAAUCAUGGUGCACAAUUAAUGGGCCAUAUGGUAUCGAAAGAUUCCCCACUCCACGGAUCCCCAUCUCCAAAUCACAAAUCUUGAAGCUCCUACAAGAUUCUAAAUCUCCCAAUUUGCAGAUGGAGUGUUUAAAGAAGCUAAAGACGAUUGUUUUGGAAAGUGAUGUCAAUAAACGAUCAACCGAAGCAGUUGGAGCAGCUGAAUACCUAUCUUACAUCAUAUGUAACCCUAGUUGUAAUCAUACGUCACCAUCAUCGGUGGAUGAAAUCUCUGGUGUUAAUGGAUUUGAUAAUUCAGUAACAGCAGUUGAUGAAGCGUUGAACAUCCUUUACCACCUUCGUCUAUCCCAAACCGGCCUUAAAUCAUUGUUCGGAAAGACAGGAGAACUUGUUGACGCAUUAACUCGCGUGAUGCAAUGCGCCGCCAAUUACGACACACGCACUUACGCCGUCUUAUUACUAAAGUCAAUGUUCGAUGUGGCAGAACCCAUUCAAGUGAUGUCGUUAGAGACUCAUUUCUUUAAGGAGCUUACACAAAUCUUGGCCAAUCAAGUUUCACCAAAAGCCACAAAAGCUGCGCUGAAAUUACUUAUAGAAGUAUGUCCAUGGGGGCGGAAUAGAAUAAAAGCUGUGGAGGCCGGAGGAGUUACAGUAUUAAUCGACAUCCUGCUAGAUUGUACUAAUCCAACGAGAGUGUCGGAGAUGGUCUUAAUCCUGUUAGACCAUCUUUGCCAGAGUGCUGAAGGACGCGCUGAACUAUUAAGACAUGGUGCAGGUUUAGCGGUGGUUUCCAAGAAAAUCUUUCGUGUUUCACAGGUGGCAAGUGCGAGGGCUGUGAGGAUACUGCAUGCGGUGGCAAAGUUCUCCGGUAAUACGAGUGUAAUACAAGAGAUGUUGCAGUUGGGGGUGGUGGGGAAACUAUGUUUCGUGUUACAAGUGGAGUGUGGGAGCAAGACCAGCGAGAAAGCUAGGGAGAUUUUGAAGAUGCAUGCUAGGGCUUGGAAGCAUUCCUCGUGUAUACCCUAUAAUUUGGUUUGUUCGUAUCCAUCUUAGUUAGUACAUCGAUGCAUCAAGACUUUUCGGAUGUAGAAGAGUUUUAAAAAGGAAACUCUUGUAUACGAUCUACGUUUGGUUAUUUUUUUGGCUAGAAGAACCGUUGUACGUUUAAAUUCUGGCACCAAAGAAGUGCUAUCGAGCUCUAAAAGUUGUAAUCAUAUACUCAAUCCCUAAAUUGGUAUCUGAAUUAAUUCAAACUUUAUCUGUCAAGUUGUUUAAGAAUGCAAAAUAUUGAAAUACCAUAUUGGUUUAGUGAA